CGUCUUUGCGUUGCCAAUGGUGCUUGGCCAAAACACACGUACGAUAUGCAAUGCGUACAAUGCAACGUUUAUUUGCACAACGAGAAAUGUAUUGAUUUGUUGUGUGGAAGCGGAUCCUCUUUUCUUUUCAGGACUGAAAGUCAUUGUGAAGCUAUUAAUACGCGGUCAGACGAUUGGCAUGUCUCUAGACUGAACAACUGUGCAUUUCAGGAUGUAGUGAAACAAUCUUCAGUUGCCUUUUUCGGAAUGAUGUUCGUGGAGAAGUCUGACAUGUCUGAACUUCUGAAGUGAAGUAGAAUCGAAAUUGGAAUUUGGAUUUGGAAUUAAAACAAUUAAAAUCAGUUGUGAGUCACGCAAAUCCUGAACUGUGAGAUUUUGACGAUUGAUCAACAGUAACGACAGAAACCAAUAGAAAGACGUUGGUUUUACCAGUGUACCGAGUACCGGCAUGAUGGAGGUUGAAAGACCAGGCGAUCCCCACGCACCGGUGUACCGCAAGGACUCGGUCAGCUCUAUCGACAGAGAGCUGGAUUGGUUGAUUGGAUCAGAGAACGAAGAAAAUAAUGACGCAGUGCAGAUUGACACUCAAGAACACGAGAUGGAUUUGUACGAGCGAUCUGGAUCACGACGUGAAGAGCCAACAUCUUUAUAUCCCCUGAAUGAAGACCCGGCAGAAGAACAUGAAACAGCAGUUGAUAGUGACCAUGAGGAACAUGAAACAGCGGUAGAUGAUCAUCCUACAGAUGAUGAUGAUCAUCUAACUGCUGAGCAAAAACUUCUUGAAAUUGAACUCCAAAAACUCAAGGAGGAAGGCUUUCUGCCGAUGGAUGACCCACCAGAGUAUGACAUUGCUGAUCGGGUCCGAGAACUCAACGCGCAGCUGAAGGCGGAAGGCGAAACUCCGGAGAAAACGGACCGGAAAGUCAAGUUCAGCGAAAAGGUCAUCGCCGUUGAAUUUCCAGAGGAGUUAUACGAAGAUGACGAGAACGACACAGCAGCUAACGAGAACGAAAUGGAACAACUUAGUGGCCGUAACACGGAAGGUGAUAGCAGAGACGCUGAUGAGAGGACACAAGAGUCAGAGGUCACAGACCCGAAUGACCUCGAGGUCGCAAAAUUGACCCUAGAGGGGGACAAAGACCGUACUGAAAUCGAACCCACGGAAAGCCAGGAUUACAAUCAAAAUGAGCCAAAUGGUAGCACUCAGAGCCCUCGCGGACAAGACGACAAAAUUCUGAUCGAGAGAGACGGUAAGUUUGAAUUCAUCAGCGUUAAGGACCUCUCGCCUGUUGAAAGACGCAACAUGGGCUUGGAACUGUCACUCGUUCAGGAUGAAACCGACGAAUCCCAGAGCGCCCCCAUCACCCCUAAUGGGCAGGGUGACGCCCCUGAUCACGACCCCCAACCCCAGGAGGUUGAGCAUCCGAUCCAACCCCACCCGCCCCCCAAACCCCGGCCGUCAACAGCGAAUGACAGCACAGGCCUGCAUCGCUCCCAGCUGCCGCCUCGUCGGAUCCAGUCGGCGCGUACUCAGAGGGAAUCCUCAGGGUCCCCAAGAGGGGCCUGGACCAGCUCCUACACGGGCUACAGCAAGUACGGCCUUACCCCGGAGCAGAAGGAGCACAAGCGAGAACAGGCGAGACUCCACAUGCAACAGCGGCAGGAACAACGACGGGCCGAGGAGGAGGGACAACGCAAGAAACAGGAGGAAGCGGACAGCGCAUUCCAGGCGUGGUUGGAUCACAAAAAGGAAUCGGAGAGGGAACGGAAACGACAGGAAAAAGAGCAAAAGAAAAACAACGAUGAUAAAAAGGAUCAAGCGAGCAAUGACGACAACUUUCAAACUUGGCUUCAGACGAAGCAGGGCCAGGCCAAGCGAGAACGAAAGCUGAAGAAACAAGAAGAAGAAGAGAAGAUUAAUGGCUACUUUUUGCGAGAUCGCAAGGACUGUGAUCAAGCAUUCAAACAAUGGGUUAAAUCAAAGAACGAAAAGCUCAAGAAGGAGCGUCAGCUGAAGAGAUCCAACGCCACCAUCAGUCGACAGCUUGCGCGACAAUCCCGCAAGUCUAAAAACCUGGCCAAGGCGUUAGAGACCGCACAGAUCUACAGAUACACAGACUGGUACGGCUACAGAUUCUAGAAACUGGCUUUUAACGUCCUACAGACUCGAUUUAGGAAUGCUUGAGGGCGCUAUAAUGUUACUCAAGAGAGCCAGUGUAAGACCCAUGGUACAGGUUAUCCUUUAUAACUGAGGACCUGGUUACCUGAUGUGAUGAUAGCUCUGAGGACCUCAGCCCAAGUCCUCGAUAGUUUUCAUGUACCAACCUUGUGAGUUAUCCUGUAGGACUGAGGACCUAACUGAGCUCAGGUCUUUGGAACAAAAGUUUGUGUACAAACCUUGGGUUUUCCUAUACAACUGAGGACUUGGAACAAAAGGUUAUCUGAAA